AUGGCGUCCAACCCACAGACGUUUCAAUCGUUCGGCCGUCCACUGGCGAACUCUUCCAACUUUUUUUCACAGAGGGACAACGAACAUCAACUCUACGGUCUAUUCUCUGAUCUGAACCUCAACGGAGAAUAUCGCAAACAACCAGUUUCUACACUGACCCCAUUUGCUGCUGUUUCUUCUGAAGACAUUGAACUAAACGACGUACGAUCGACGGAGAAAAAGCUCACAACAAAGCAACUACGUAAGCAACGCGAGGCGGAACAGGCUGCGAAAACUCCGAAAAAACCUAAAACCUUAGCAUCUAAAGCCAAGAAGCAAAACAGAAUCAAAAUCAGAUUUGAGAGACGAAAGAGCCAAAAGGAUAGACUGGGCGCAAUCAACCGCGACCCGAAAUUGGUAGAGAAAAGGAUACAAGCCUUGAAGGAGCUCCAUGCAUGUGCUCAAGAUUUACACAACGCCACUGAAAAUAAGGUCGCCCUUAAGCAGGCACUGCAAAAUCUCACCGAAGCAUUAGCAUCGCAUACGGAGAAAACAUCCGCGGAGUUAUACGCGGAGCUCUGCCAGACCAAUAAUCAGAAGAGUGCUGAAGUAUUAAUCGGAGGAAAUAUUAACGAUACACAAAGUUCCGAGGAAUCUUUUAAGAACUUUGUCGAUAAUUUGGAGAGGCCAGUUCUACCAUCAGAGCCCGUUCCCACUUCCCGGGGGAAGAAAACUGCCAGGGUAAAAGAGUUGCCUGUGAACAUCGCCCAGCCAACAUUUAAGCUACUCGCCCCAUCGAGGGAGCAGAAGAUCAGAAACGCCCAUAACUGGAAAAGAGCUAAGCCACUUAUUAUCGACCUCACAAAAGCGAUCGAAAGAAGUGAUAUUAGCAUCGCCAAGUCAUACGCUGCAGCACGCGUUCCAAUUAAGAAGCUGGCUGACGGCUUAGAAAGAGAUUUUGCCGACGUUAUAUCAGAAGUUAUUCCGUCAUUUACCAGAGACAGAAUUGCGUAUUUUGAACGACCCUUCAUUACCCUGAAAGGAGACCCACCAAAUAUCACCCUCUAA